AAAUAUAUAAUUAUUAUAUUUUAUUUAACGAAUAUGUAUAUAUGAAUCCCUCCAUUUCUCUCUUCUUCUUCUUCUUCUUCUUGUCUCUGCUCUUAACUGCACAUGUAUGAAAAAUAAAGCCACACCAGAAAAUUCUCCAAGCAAACAGAGCCAACAUACAAAAUGUAACUGCUUUUAUUUCUCUAUAUCCCUGAACCUAGAGCUCUCGAAUUCGCUAUUGAAUUUCAUGCUUUGUUUUUGAAUUUUUUUUUCCUCUGUUGAUUUCCAAACCUCAAGCUCUCGCUAUCAACUGCUGCUCGCGCGAUUGUUUUCGAUACCGAAAUCGGCUGCUCUACUAAAGAAUGAAGAAUAUGAAUCGGAAGUGUAGAUCUUCUGGUGGUGAAUCUUCUCUUUGCAAGGCAUCUUUUAAAAUCUCACAUGUGGUGCGGGAGAACUCUCGGUGUGAGCAACAGGAGAUAGUUACUGGUGAUGCUGUUGGAAGCAAUAUGCAUAUAGACCACAGAGAAAUUUACUUUCUUAUUAUGCAUUUCUUGUCCGCUGGUCCUUGCAAGAGAACUUUUGGACACUUGUGUAAUGAGCUUCUGGAACAUCAGCUUCUACCCAGAAGAUAUCAUGCUUGGUUUUCAAGAAGUGGAACACAUAGUGGGAAUGAUAGUGAUGAUGGAAUCUCUUUUCCAUUAAGUUAUGAUAAGUUGGUGGAGAGGUAUCCUCACAUCGAGAAGGAUCACUUGGUAAAGCUUCUAAAGCAACUGAUUCUGUAUUCAGCCUCUCCUUUGCGUGGCGAGAUUGGGCAAAAUACUCCAAAUGCAGCUGAUGUUCCUACACUGCUGGGAUUUGGUUCUUUUUCGCUUCUGAAUUGUGAUAGAAAUCCAGUAUAUCAGAAAGUUAAGCCCCUGCCAGCUUUCUUGCGCUGGCCACACAUGCAAGCUGAUCAAGUUCGUGGGCUAAGUCUGAGAGAAAUUGGUGGAGGUUUCAAAAAGCACCAUCGUGCCCCAUCCAUUCGUUCUGCAUGUUAUGCCAUUGCUAAGCCAUCAACCAUGGUGCAAAAGAUGCAAAAUAUAAAAAAGCUUAGGGGACAUCGUGAUGCUGUCUAUUGCGCCAUAUUUGAUCGCUCUGGGAGAUAUGUUAUUACCGGUUCUGAUGAUCGUCUUGUAAAAAUUUGGUCAAUGGAAACUGCCUUUUGCUUGGCUAGCUGCCGUGGACAUGAAGGUGACAUAACAGAUUUGGCUGUAAGUUCAAACAAUGCUUUGGUGGCAUCUGCUUCAAAUGAUUUUGUGAUCCGCGUUUGGCGCUUGCCAGAUGGAGUGCCAAUUUCAGUUUUACAUGGGCAUACUGGAGCUGUUACUGCCAUUGCCUUUAGUCCCAAGCCCAGCUCUGUUUUCCAGCUUUUAUCCUCAUCCGAUGAUGGAACUUGUCGAAUCUGGGAUGUUAGAUCUUCACACACUAGGCCAGUUAUUUAUGUACCAAGGCCUUCCGAUGCCAUCAGCGGCAAAAGCAAUGGUCCCUCUACCAAUGGAACCCCUGCAAGCAAUAAUCCCCAGAUUCGUCGAAUACUGUGUUGUGCAUAUAAUGCCAAUGGAACUGUUUUUGUUACUGGUAGCUCGGACACAUAUGCAAGGAUCUUAUGA